AUGUUCGACCCUUUGUCUGUCCCUAACUUCCCGCAGGAUGAGCCGCCAUGGCCGACAACUCCCCAUAUGCCCAAUGAGCCCAUACCCAACCUCCCGCGACCCUCACCACAUCAUCAAGACUCGCGUGGUCCUCCCACAGGUUUGUACGGGAGAGAGCCGCAGAUCUAUGGCCAACCCGAACCAGGUCUCAUUUCUCCUCGUGCGACCACGUCCUCCACCGGCCAACCGCUGGAGAAGAAGGAGCCGUACCUGCGAGUGCGAAUUACGUCGCUUGACCGGAACAGGCGAGAUGUCCUUAUUAAGUUCGACGCUCAGACAAACCUCUCCAACUUCACAGGCACGACGUACCGCAAUGUCUCACGCUCCUACCUCGAGUUCCAGCAGUUCUACGAAGCCAUCAUCCAGAACAACCCGCAGACCAUAGUGCCUGCCCUGCCCCUCGCACGUACCUCCGCUCCGACGGACGAGGAAGACGACCGGCUCGUGAAGAUCAUGCUCCAGCGCUGGCUGACGCGCAUCUGCGAAGACCCAAUCCUCAUUCACGAAGAAGAGCUCCGGUCCUUCAUAGAAAGUGACUUUGGAUACCAACCGACUCCGAACACACGCAAGAAGGCAUCUGGCGGAUUCAGCCUGAUUCGCCGAGGGGUUCCGGACGAGGACGAGGAGCUGCAGAGGGCGCGGUUCGAGUUGACGAAGCUGGAGGGGCAGUUCUUCGACUCGGCGAAAGCGAUUGAUAAGCUUGCGCGGGCGCGGAAGUCCAUCGCCGUCGUCAAAGCCGAAAUGGGCAACAAACUCCUUAGCGUUUCGACGGCGGAGGCUCACCCUCCGCUUGGCAAUGCCCUGGCCAAGAUUGGCCGCGUCUACCACAGUCUUGCUGACCUUGACCAGGCGCAGGGUAUCAGCGAAUGUGUUAUCAUCGGAGAUUCAUUAGGCUAUCAGGGACUCAAUGCGCGCUCCGCGAAGGAGACCUUGCAGCAGAGGACGGGCGUCCUGGAGGAAUACCAAGCAGCAGUAAAAGCCACGAUCUCUAAGCGUCGGAACAUGGAGCGACUAAAGGCCAGCAACAACAUAAGCCCUCAAAGGGUCGACGAGGCGCUUGAGGAGAUGGAAGAGGCGAACAAGUACGAGCAAAUCCUAGCUCGCCGCGCUGAGGGCAUAUCCCAGAACCUUCAUCGUGCACUAGACAGACACAGGCGGUUAGUUACCGAGGAUGUCACAGCAGCACUCGUGGAGCAUGUACGCUCAACCAUCAUGUACGAGAGACAGCAUCUGCGAGAACUCGAAGCACUGCGACCGGACGUGGCAAAUGCGGACAAGAAGCAUGUGCCUCAGAAGCCUGUCAGCACCCCUCGGCCCACGUACAUCCCUCCGUUGGAGGAGUUCUCCAAACCUGCGAUUCCGCGUCCAGCGUCGGGUCCUCCAUCGAACGCGCCACGUCCGCCUUCGCAGAAUGUUCCUGCACCGAUCAGCGCUACAUCGUCCAUGAUCGGCUCUCCGUCGGGCGGCCGCCCUCCCAUCAGCGUCGCUGUAUCCACGAACGGAUCGUCGCACGGACCACUCUCACCGGGCAGCGUAUCCUCACCACUUCGUGCCCCGCUUUCGCCCCAGUCCCCUGGAGCAGGUCCUUCGUCAUCGUCAUCCCCAGUGCCCUCGCAGUCCUCCUUCGCGCCUCCUCUCAUAAACGGUCCGCCUCUCGGGGGCCGCUUCGUCGACGGAACCAAGUCGAUGUUUGUCAAGUCACCUUCCUCACCCCUUGCAGCAACCGGGAGCACGCCGACCAAACCCGCAUCUGCUGGUCUACCCCCUGUACCGUCAUCCGCGGUGACCCAAUCCACGCCGGUUUCGCCCCUCCAUGGGACUGUAUCGGGACCCCCUUCCUCCGUUCCCUCUCCAGCCCCUCAUCCUCUCGCUAGAGCAGGCGAUCCGCUAUCGGCGUCCAUGUUUGUUACGUCGAGCAACCCCCCGGCAAACGGUCGCUCGAACUCAGUGUCAGCCUCCAGUGACGGGUUGGACCCCCUCGGCAUGGUCAAACCUGCCUAUAUGUCCGCCUCCGUGCGCGUGCAGCCCACGCGCCCGCGGUUAGAUGCGAGGGAAGCUGCGAGCAAGCUUGCCAACAUGUUCUAAGAUCGACAUGCUGUACCUCUGCGACUCUCAUACAUUAUGGUUUGUUGUACCGUGCAUUAACACAAUGUGGCUGCCGAAUGAUAUC